GGCACCGGCACCGGCACCGGCACCGGGACCGACACCGGGACCCGCACCGGGACCGGAACCGGGACCGGGACAUGGCUCUGCCGCUCGGAGCGGCCGUGCAGGAUCCCGGGCUGCCGAUGGCUCACGGAGCACCGGGGACAGAUGAUUUGGAAAUCCUGGAGGAGCUGAUGAAGGCGGACGGUUUCCAGCCCGAACCCGCCCCGGUCGCUCCGCGGCCGCCGCCCCGGGACCCGCCCCGGGACCCGCCCCGGGACCCGCCGCUGCACCGGAGCCUCCGCGGCCUCUCGCUGAGCUCCCGGGGCGGCCCCGCGGCGGAAAAACAACCGGAAAAGGCGGAAAAAAAUGUGGAAAAAAUUGUGGAAAAGGAGGAAAAACCGCGGCUGGUGAUCACCGAACAACCGAAACAGCGCGGGAUGAGGUUCCGGUACGAGUGCGAGGGGAGAUCGGCGGGGAGUAUCCUCGGCGAGAGCAGCACCGAGAGCAACCGGAGCCUGCCCAGCAUCGAGCUCCGCGGCUGCGGCUCCAUCCCCGAGGUGUCGGUCACCGCCUGCCUGGUGUGGAAGGAUUGGCCGCACCGCGUCCACCCCCACGGGCUGGUGGGGAAGGACUGCGCCCACGGGCUGUGCCGGGUGCUGCUGCGCCCCCAGAGCAACCCCCGACACAGUUUCAGCAAUCUGGGCAUUCAGUGUGUGAAGAAGAAGGAAAUCGAAGCCGCCAUCGAGAAGAAGCUGCAGCUCGGGAUCGACCCCUUCAAAGCGGGCUCCCUGCGGAACCAUCAGGAGGUCGAUCUCAACGUGGUCCGGAUUUGCUUCCAGGCCUCGUUCCGGGACCGCGCCGGGAUCCCCCGGAGCCUCAGCCCGGUGCUGUCCCAGCCCAUCUUCGACAAGAAGUCGACGACGACGUCGGAGCUGCGGAUCUGCCGCAUGAACAAGGAGAGCGGCCCCUGCACGGGCGGGGAGGAACUGUACCUGCUCUGCGACAAGGUGCAGAAAGAGGACAUCGCGGUGGUGUUCCGCCGGCCCCCGUGGGAGGCGCGGGCGGAUUUCUCGCAGGCCGACGUUCACCGCCAGGUCGCCAUCGUGCUGCGGACGCCGCCCUACGCCCACCUGGAGCUGCAGGAACCGGUGCAGGUGGAGGUGUUCCUGCAGCGCCUGACGGACAGCCAGCGCAGCCAGGCCUUCCGCUUCACCUACCUGCCCCAGGACACCGACAGUUACCGGGUGCAGGUGAAGCGCAAACGGGGAAUGCCCGAACUGCUCGAGGGGCUCUCGGCAACUGACCCGUUCGGGAUCGAGGCCAAGCGCAGGAAGAAGCCCCCGGGGUACCUGGAGCACUUCGUCCCCCUGGGCCCCCCAGACGGCGCCUUCCCGGCCGAUCCGGAGCCUCUGGAUCCCCUUCCCCAACUCUUCGCCCCCUUCGGGGUGGCCCGGGCGGAAUUCCCGAAAUUCCCGGAAUUCCCGGAAUUCCCGGAGUUCCCCAAGUUCCCGGAAUUCCCGGAGCUGCCGAAAUUCCCGGAAUUCCCGGAAUUCCCGCUGGGCCCGGAGCUGCUCCUGGCCGAGCCCCCCCCGGCCGGGGACCCCCCCCCCAUUUCCAGCCUCUUGGGGUCCCACCUCUUCCCGGGGGGGGAGGGCUGAGCCUUCCCAAAAUUCCCAAAAUUCCCAAAAAUCAUCCCAAAAGCAUCAUCCCCAAAAUUCCCAAAAAUCCCCCUCAAAAUUCCCAAAAAAUCAUCCCAAAGUCAUCCCAAAAUCAUCCCGAAAUUCCCCUCGGAAUCCUCCUCAGAAUUCCCAAAAAU